AAUGCUACCAUAUACUGUCUGGCAAUCUCUCUGCUUCUCUCUGUUUCUCUCUUACCUGGUACUCAAGGCAUUUGCUAGUUGCACUAGUGACUGUAGCUGAAGAAUGAGUCUAUGUUUGCUUUGCUUUGUUUAAUAUUCCUGCCUAUCCUUCAGCCUGUGCCAAGACGGCAGCAGUAAUGAGUACUACAUUAAAGAGCCUUUGUCCCUGACAUGCUCAGUUCAGUUUGUGUCCAAGCUUUCAGUGUUUGGACACUCAACUGAGUGUGUACAACACUGUGGGGUCUUUGGGGCUUAUUUUUCUUUGAGGAGGUCCAACCUGAAACAGCAACAUGAACUGGGCCUUCCUCGAGGGCCUCCUCAGUGGGGUGAACAAAUACUCCACGGCAUUUGGUCGCGUCUGGCUCGCAAUUGUUUUCAUCUUUAGGCUUCUGGUUUUCCUGGUGGCCUGCGAGAAGGUGUGGGGUGAUGAGCAGAAGGAUUUUGACUGCAACACCCGCCAGCCUGGUUGUCACAACGUCUGCUACGAUCACUACUUCCCCAUCUCCUACACCCGACUAUGGGCUCUCCAGCUGAUCUUUGUCACCUGCCCAUCACUUCUUGUGACACUCCAUGUGUCCUACAGAAAAGACAGAGAGCGCAAAAACCGGCUGAAGCAUGGAGAGGAAUGCACCCCUCUGUAUGAUAACACAGGAAAGAAACGGGGGGGUCUCUGGUGGACCUAUUUCCUCAGCCUGAUGUUCAAGAUAACAGUGGAUGCAGUGUUUGUUUUCCUGCUGUUUUACAUCUACGAGGCCACCUUCUUCCCUCCAGUGGUCAAAUGCAACGAAGAACCAUGUCCAAAUGUGGUAGACUGCUACAUUGCCAGACCCACAGAGAAGAAAUUAUUCACCAUCUUCAUGGUGGUGACCAGCUUCGUGUGCAUCUUUCUCACUCUUUGUGAGGUCUUCUACCUGUGCGGGAAGAGGCUCUUGGAGGUUUGCAGAGGAGGACCUCACUCCAUGAGAGAAAACUCCUUCACGAUGACCAGAGCUCCACUGAGUGGAAAGGAAAACUCUGCGUACAAAAAGCCGGUCCUGGAGAAGAUGGUCAAUAAGAGCAGCGGAGAAGCUGGCAUAGCGAGUUCAGCUCCAGCAUACAGCAUAGCAGUCUCCUGAGAGACAUGAGUUUGAAUUGAAAUAAAAAUAAAAAUAUUUGGUAGUUUUUUUAGUGUUGGCCAGAAUUAUCUGCAAAGCUUAGCAGCAUUAAUGGCAUGUUGUCUACA